UAUCAAUACGUGUGUCGUGGUGUCAAGAAAUUUCGCUCUCUAAAAAGGUGAAAGCCCUUCCAUGCUUUGGGACAGCUGUUUCUGCUUGAUGUUGCAUCUGGAAUCGCUUCCAGUUUGCACUUAUGAAGAGGUACUGAGACACCCACUUUGCAAGAGCUGAUCAGUGGGUGGAGAUUCUACAGAGAAAUCUGCAUUUUUUUCCCCUUUUGUAAAAUUCAGUGAUGACAGCUACAGUAUCUCAGGAUGUUUGAAUCCUAGUCAAUACUUUAAAAAUGGCUGACACUUUGAGCACAGCUGACUAUUGGAGUCCUCCAAGAUGGAAUCAUACUGAUGUUUUCAUGGGGAAUGAAAAUGUGAACGCUUUCUGUGCAACAGCAAAUGCUGAUGACAAGCAGCCCAGACAUGGCACUGUGGCAAAGGGCAAAGGUCACGAGUGCAUGGUCUGUUCCAAAUGUUUCAGCUCCCCAUACAAACUGAGGAGACACCAGCUCUGUCAUACCGGCGAGAGGCCGUUCAAAUGUGCUGGAUGUGACAAAGCUUUUAGGCAGCUGUCCCACCUCAAACUUCACUCGCAGUCCCAUUGCCAAACGAACACAGUGAAAAAUCAAAAAGCUCUUUUUGAUCACCUUGAAGAUCCAGCGCAGUGUGAUGACCCACGUUCCCCACUUCAGGCGUACUCUGGCCAGUUACAUGUCAUGACUGCUGCUCACAGCCCAACGCAUACAGGCCCAGAUGCAGCAUCAGAGUUUCCCAGGUUUCCCAACUUUCCUAUACUUAUGGACAACUCCCCUUCCAAAAGUUUGGAUCAAACAUAUACUGGCCACCCUUUGGGCAUAGACUCUUUAGAUGGGGUCAACCCCACAGGGGAGAACCAUCUUCCUUCAACUCAACACGUGAAGGCCUUAUUUGAUUGUAAUAGUGUGUCCCGUCAGGACCACACCAUGGCUGAAGAAUCACGUGGCUACAAAGACCAAAUGUCCAAGGCACCACACCUCAAGAAACUCGACUCGCACACGUCUGACGCUGUGAUGCAUAAGAAUUCGGAUGUUAAAAAACGAACACAAGCAUCUAACAUUUCAAAGUCAUCCAGACCUUGUGAAGUGUUGGACCCUGGGCAAAAAGAAAUGCCAUCCCAAAAAGGCGCAUAUGAAUGUCAGACGUGUUUGAAGAGAUUUUCCGUUCCUUCCAAACUGCAAAGGCACAUGCUGUGUCACACUGGACAGAGGCCCUUUGCAUGUCAUCUAUGUGCCAGAUCAUUUAGACAGCUGUGCCACUUGAAUCUUCACUUGCGCACCGGAGUCUGCCUGAAGCAAACUAGCAAGCCAGUGAAGAAAAAAGACAAGAAUGUGUCUCCCAAGGUUUCUGCAGACAACAGAUCUUUGACUGUCGUGUCUGACAUGUAUUCAAACAGCAAUGUGAAUGACUGCACCACUGGUGUUCAGAACCUCUCAAGUUUGGAAACAUUUGGGCCUAACUUGUCUGUCAUUGAAAUGGAUAAAGGAGAAUUGUCACAUUCAAGUGGCUCUGUGCCUCAUGACAAUGGAUACGUAAACAAAGAUAGGGAACAUCAUUCUGACCACGUCCCAAAAACAAAUUGCUUCAAUGUACAAGAACCCGCUCCAUUAAACACGUUCAGAAUCGUCCAUGAAUGCCCUGUGUGCUUGAAAUGCUUCACAUCUCCAUCCAAGCUGAAAAGGCACUGCUUAAUCCACACGGGCCAGAGACCCUUUCAGUGUUACCUGUGUCAGAGGGCUUUCAGACAGCUUGCUCAUCUGAAGGUACACUACAAGGUUCACGAGCGGGCAGGGAGGAAGACGCUUUCCUUGCAGAAAGGGCUGAAAGCGUAUCCCAGUCGAGCACCUACACCUCAACCAAAAACUUUUAUGUGCAACCAGUGUGGAUGGAAGUUCAGACACCAAACACACCUGACGGUUCACCUUCAAAAUCACAAGAGCUCGAGUGCAGCAAAACCUGUCAGCAACCAUUCCGGAAUGACUGAAGACCCAAUGCCAUCAUCCUUGGAAAUGCACAGAAGCUAUGAAUCUACAAGAGAACUUCCCCCUGAUUCAAAUAUGUGCAUCAAAAGGAAUAAUUCAAGCAGCACACUCAUUAAAACGCAAUGGGAAUCUACGAGCUCUAACCCCGGUGUUGACAGGCCAGCUCGCCACAGUUGCACUGUUUGUUUCAAAUAUUUCGAAUCUGCAUCAACCCUGCAAAGACAUUUGUUUAGCCACACAGGGCUGAAGCCGUUCAAAUGUAUGUCGUGCUCCAGAGCUUUCAGACUGAGAGCCCACUUGAAGCUGCACAAGUGUCGGAGCACGAUGGGAACUCAGACCACGUCACACAGGGAAGACUCAAAUAUGACUUGUAAUGGGGCCUUUAAUGGGGCUCUCAAAGAUCAUGUUCAGUCUGCAAACCAGUCUUACCCAACAAAACAAGGUGAUGUUGGCCUGUUUGUUGAUGCCAUUCCAGUGCAAAUACCGACCCGUAGCGACCAAGAGAAUCACUCCAUUUCCUUGGAUGUGUCUGGGGGGAAACCGUACACACUAAGCAAAUCAGAAGCCACCAUUAGUCCUACAGAGGGCACACCCUCACUAAUACCUUCAAAACAAAAGGGAUAUGCUUGCUCCAUAUGUCACAGGUGCUUUAGCGUGCCCUCCAAACUGGCCAGGCAUUUGUUGAUUCAUAUGGGCAUAAAGCCUUUCACAUGUGACAUUUGUGGCAAGCCCUUCAGGCAAGCAUGUCAUCUCCAGACACACCUGAACAUACACAGGAAGAACGGCGCCACUGAAAUCCUUAGUGAAGGUAAAGAGAGUGGUAAUCUGAAGGGUGUCGAUUCUGUGUCAAGAUUCUCGUCUGCACCACCGAAAAACACUUCCCAGAAAGUAAACAAGGUCACGAAACAAAAUGCAGUCAAGACGAAUCCGCCUCAAAGGCAAGGUUUUGAUAAUCUGGUAUGCAAUAAUGCAGGUCAAAGCCAGCGCCUGUAUCCGUCAAAAUCUGAUCAGACUUUUGUCAGAAAUCUGUGGGAUGACCGCCCUGUGGAAAAGACUGUAGAUCAGUGUCACAGGGGCGCUACAUCAGAUCACACUAAUGGCGUCCAAAACAGUUGGCAGUCCAAUGAGGGAAAUGGUGGAAUAUUUACUGUCAGAGAGCUUAAUAAUUACGCCCCUGAAUUUGUAAGCUUGCACCCGACUUCCCAUGCAGCACAGAACAGCCACCAAAAUGCUAAUGCAUGUCCUCAGAAUCCAAUAUUUAUUGACCGUCCCCUUGAAAACACCCCAGCACGGCACAAGGACCCUUCACGCAGGACCGAACAAGCAGCAGGCAAGAAGUCAAACAAGUCUGCACAGGGGGCUGCACAGAAGAUCCUUAGGAAAGGAACAAAUCGGUGUGAAAUUUGCCACAAGAAGUUUGACUCCCCGUCUAAGCUGGCGAGGCACUUUCUGAUCCACAUGGGCCUCAGGCCUUACAAGUGCCAUGUGUGCUCAAAGGCGUUCAGGCAGCGCUGCCACCUGCAGAAUCACCUGAGAUUGCACAGUAAGAGCGCUCCUGAGGUGGCCUCUUGCAGCAAUGAAAAUCCACCUAACAAUGUGGAAGUGGAGUGUACAAGUGGUGAGCACACUGUUGAUCCAAACACUCAUCAGCACAACCUGAUGCAAGCCCCCCCUCCUUUUUCUUCACACAAGGAAAACGAGUCACCCUACAAAGGUCAUUAUGAGAGCGAUCAACCACUUGUCUCUUUUGUACAUCAACCUGAGCAUGCAGAGACUGAAAAGUCCUAUUAUGGUUUUGCUAGUAUGCGCAACCAGAAAAAAGAAGAGUCAGAUCGUUUCAUGGCACGGCCAUUAAUGCAACCCGUGGAUGACCACAACUUCAGAGUUUCACAAGAAAAUGUGGCAAAGGGCUUCUCAAGUCCUCCUCCACAUUAUACACACGGCCCACAGGAGGUCAAACAAGUCAACUUUGCCCACGCUAGCACAUCAUACCAAGCACACAAUGGCACGUUGGACAGUAACAAUAAGAUGGAGUUGGACUACACGAUGCAGAAGAAAAGAGACUUUCCGGGGGAUGACAGACAAGGGCCGAGCGAGAGGCCACACUUCUCUCUCUCUCCUGCGUCUGGUUCGACUCCGAGCGAGAGAUCGCACCUCUCUCGCCCCGCUGCCGCUACUGUUGCUGUGCACGCCCCAUUCAAGGAGGAGAUUUUCGAGCUUCAAUUUGACAUAGAGAGGGCGGAAAGCCGCUUUUCUAAGCCUCCCAAAGACAUGCUGAUCUGCCCCGACUGCAGCCAGUGCUUCCCAACAGAGCGGAAGCUUGGCCUCCACAGGUGCGUGUCGAGGCAGAGCCAGGGGUCAGCGGAGGACACCCAGAGACAAACGGAAACUGAGGAGAGCCAAGGCCCAGCGCAGGACAGGCAGGGGCAAGCAGAGGAGAACCAGAGGAUAGCAGAGGAAAACCAGAGGCCAAGCAGCGGCUACCAGUGUGCCAUCUGCUAUAAGACCUUUCAGGUUCCGUCAAAGCUGAAGAGGCAUUACGUCAUCCAUACGGGACACAGGCCCUUCCAGUGCUCCAUCUGUUCCAAGACGUUCACCCAGUCGGCCCAUCUGAAGACUCACCAGCUCAUACACACUAAAGAGAAAAGGGGCUGAAGUGCAAUGGACAUUUUGAGACCAGAAACGGUGCUAAAUGAGCGCAGUUACAUGCACUGAAUAUUCAUG